UAUGCUCCCAUAGUACUUCUGCUGGCAUAGCAAGUGUUGUUUGGGGAGGAGAAAAAUGAAUUGUGUUGGCAUAUGCACAUCUACACUAGAGGCUCUGCUGGUAUCGCUAUACUGGCAAAUCAUAUGUAGUGCAGACAAGGUCUCAAACAGAACUUUACAGCUUCAAUAUCUAGUAUAAAUAUUAGCUAAUGAAUCCUUCCAACAUUCCCAUCAAAGUCUUAGUGGACUGUCUUUCCUGCUAUUGUUCCCAGCAGUCCCCCAAUUCAAGGGUAUGCCACUUCCUCAGCGGCUGGUAAGGGAACCCAGGCCUGCCCACGAUGCAUUCCAGCAUAGGGACCAUUCAAUCAGCAGCCAAGGUUUCCUUUACCCUACUGCUUUUUCCCUAGACUGCCUUAUAGGGCACCUCUGUCAAGCUUCUUUCUCCACCACCCCUCUACAUAAGCCCUUCAGGAGAAGGAUCCCACGACUGCUUUCUUCCUGGCUUUCCACCUUUUCCUGCUCUAAGUCCAGAGAGUGACUGCAGACUUCCAUGCUGUAGCCUCCUUCUACCCUUGGUUGCUGGUCUUACACCAGCCCUGCCUGCUCCUGCACAGCUGGGCUCAAUCCUCAGUCAGUGCUUGCCUCUCAAGCCUGUCUCUUCUCAGGUGUGGUUCAAAGGGAGUAAGAAAUUUGAUAGGCCACAUCAACCCUUUCUAGGCCAGUGUGGGAUGAACACACCAUCACAGAAGCACUUAGAUACUUAAGACAGGUAAAUUUCCUUGUGUGACUUCCAAAAGAAGAUUUGAAUUGAACUGUCCAAAGAGUGAAAGGCAGGUGCACAUACCUGUAUAGACACCUAACCUCCAUAAGUAGGUCUGUUUUAAUUAUGGGUAGAGGUUUUAGUGGGAGGUGUCUCUCUCAGGGGAAGAAAAAGUAAACAUUCUAUUGCUAUUAAUUUGUCUUUAUUUACUUUUUUGUUUUUUUGUCUGUCGUGGUCCUAUUUUUUUUUUUUAAAUUUCACUUGCUGAUUGACUAUCUUAGCUGUCUGUGUUGUGCACCCCAGUCACUUUGGCACAUUUGAAAACUUCACCCAGGGAGACCACUGUAGGAUGCAGUUAAUGAUCUAGCACUAUGUUAAUAAAAUGCCCAGUGAAAGUGGCACUCACAUAAACAAUCCCUCUUCCCUGCACAGCACUAGGAUAUGUAUAACCUAUGUGCAGGCAGAGUUUCUAUCAGCAAGACUUGUAGUACAACUUGAAGCUGCAGAGCACUAGUCCUGUGAUUGGAGUUGCUAUGGUGAGCAGAAUUCUGUUUACAGUCCCUCCUCCAGCUGACCCAGAGCAAGGUUGGGCAGCCAGCAGAGGAGCAGCAACCAAAGGAGGAAAAACCAGGAGACGCAGUGUGUGCAGUGGGGUGAGGGUGCCAUGGGUCCCCUGCAAUUGCAGCAGUUGAUGGUGGUUGGGCUUCUCAAGGAGCCUGUGUUCCACGUGGCAAAGUGUACAGCAGAGGCUCUGAGGCUGAAUUUUCCGAACAAGAUUGCAGAACCUGUAGUGCUUCCUCUGUUAGAAUUUGCAUGGCAUGAAUAUUUACAGGAGAAAAAAAAGGAACUGAAAGGUGAAACCUGGGAGUAUCCCUCCAGCGUGAUGUGUUUUAUUGAUGGCCAAUUGCUGGGAAGUGAACAAGAACUGCUCACGUGGGCUUAUGACAAGUGGAACUACCAAGAUUUUAAACCUGUGGCUCUUUACCAAGCUGUUACUGAGGAUUUUUGCACCAAACAUAUGCAAAACAGCAAGCAUGUGUUUGUGUACUUGGACAUAGCUAUUCAGGAGCAGCCCACAGGCACCUUGUUAUUUGAGCUCUAUUCUGAUAUGUGCCCCAAAACCUGUGCGAAUUUUCGUUCUUUGUGUACAGGAGAAGCAGGGACCUCUCACAGUGGUGUGGAGCUUACUUAUAAAGAAUCAGUUUUUCAUCGAUUAGUAAAAGAUGGCUGGAUACAAGGAGGAGACAUAACAGCUGGAAGAGGAGACGGUGGUGAGUCAAUUUAUGGACCCACUUUUGAAGAUGAAAACUUUUCCAUUCCUCACAACAAAAGAGGGAUUCUUGGGAUGGCCAACAAGGGACGUCACAGCAAUGGUUCACAGUUUUAUAUCACACUACAGCCAGCUCCCUAUAUGGAUAAAAAAUAUAUGGCUUUUGGCUGAUUGAAGGUACAGAAGUUCUUCAGAAACUAGAAGAUGUUUCUACGUACAAUGAAAGGCCUGUAGUAGAAUGUAAAAUUAUUA